AUGUGUUUGCAACAUCAUCGUGACUUCAUUUACGAGGUUAAAAAGCCGCAAAGUGAUGAGAUCACAAUGGAACUAAUCAAAGCGGUAGACAUGCUAAUGAUGGAUGGACUAAAAGCCCACUGUUGUGCAGUUCUGAUGCGAGAUAUAACUGUAGAAAAUUUUGCCAUUCGGCUUCAGAUUGCUGACUUUCUAAAUGAUGAUCGGCUUUUCAAGCGUCUUGUAGCUUUCCUUGCGACCAACCGCAAAGAUGUUUUUGCUCACGAGGAUUUGAGUCCUGAAGCUAUGAAUAAUCUACCUUGUAGGACUGGAUUGAAUUGCGAAACAUUCACCCAAAGAUGGUGUGCCGGUGUGAUGGAAGCCGCAUGGACAUAUGCCGAAAGCCAGUUCCCUUACCUGAAAUUUGUCAAGAGACGUCGCUUCUGUCUCUAA